UAGUAUCUUUUUCAUUGUUCUUCCUGAGGCACUUUUAUUUAGUUUUGUUUAUGUAUACUGCAGUAUCCUAACCGCGGGAUGGCAGAUCGAUUUAUGCAAAAUGCUAUAGUGAGUGAAGGUCAGCGCAAGCAGAAGAAUUGCCAUCAGGAAUGCAAGAAGAGCUGUCAUGUUUUCCAGACUGAGAGGAAAGUUUGCAUCCUGGUGACUCCUGCUUCCAAGACUACUUUCUUGCCAGAGGAGCUGUGUAUAGGAUUUGGUAUCUGCGUGAAGAGAUACCCUUUCGAAGCUGUUCAGAUAAUCAAACCAAAUCUAGGCAGGUUGGAUAAUCCUCAGAACUGGCAAAAAUAUUUGACUCACAUCCGCGGGUCAGAACUUGAAAGCUAUCUCACCCGAGUGGUAGAAGAAAAUCUAAAGCCCCAACAUGUCGACCAAAAUAAAAAAAUUGUGAAUAUGCUGGACGAGAGAGAAAUGCUGGUGCAGAUUUGUGCUGGUCUGGGGUUGGACCGUAGAGCAAAAGAAGUAUUUGGUGGAGAGCUGCAGUGGUUUGCGAUUGCCAUAGGUUUCAUAGAGAAGGCUGAAACUUAUAUGUUGGACGAUAGCCGUUUGUUGAAAUGUGGAGAAGUGACAACAAUGUCUGAUCUUCCAGAUGAUUUGGCAGAAGAGAUAUUGUCUAGGGUUCCGUUGACAUCCCUAAGUGCAGUGCGUUCCACUUGCAGAAAGUGGAAUGAUUUAUCCAAAAACCAGGUUUUUGGUAAGUCAGCAUCAACAGGAAGGAAGCAGUUUCUUGGGUUCAUGCUGAAAGAUUAUAAGGUUUGUUCGAUGAAGUUUGAUCUCCAAGGAAUUGGAAACGAAGGAGACUUCGUUGAUCCAUCUAUAAAGGAAGUCAGUAUACUUGACCAAGUAGAAAUCACUCAGUUCUUUCACUGUGGAGGUUUAUUGCUAUGUGUCACCAAGGACAGGUCGAGACUUUUGGUGUGGAAUCCUUAUUUGGGGCAAACAAGGUGGAUCCAACCAAGAAACACUUUCCGAAGUGAAGACAGAUAUGCUGUUGGAUAUGACAAGAACCGUAACUACAAAAUCUUGAGGGUUUUUGGCAAGUAUGACACCAAAGGUGAAUUUGGAAGCGUCGACAAAUACCUGAUUUUUGGGUACGAAAUAUACGAGUUGAGCUCUAGUUCGUGGAAGGUUUUUAACGUCAGUCCCGACUGGAAUAUAGAUAGUUAUCAACGCGGCGUGUCUUUGAAGGGUCAUACUUAUUUUUUGGCUGAAGAGAGGUGGACGAUAGGUAGAAGAAAUAAAACUGAGGAGAUAAUCUCUUUUGAUUUUACAACAGAAAAAUUUGGAAAGCGGUUGCCUCUUCCGUUUAAAACUCAUGAUGUAGGCAACUUUGUGUCUCUAUCUUGUGUCAGAGAAGAGCAGCUUGCGGUAUUACAUCAAAGCAGUGUGAUUGAUCACACAUUGGAGAUUUGGGUCUCAAGUAAUAUUGAUCUGGGUGCAGUUUCGUGGAGCAAGUUCUUGAGAACCACCUCUUUCUGUCGGGUUGAUUUUCAAGCUGGUAGUUUCUUCAUUGACGAGGAGAAGAAAGUUGCUGUGGUUGUCGAUCUGGACAAUGGUGGACAAGCACGGACUGAGACCCAUUACAACCAAAGAGCUAACAUAAUUGGAGAAGAUGAAUAUUACAAACCUGUGAAUGUUGGAGAGGCCCUGGAUCAUGGAAAACUUAACAAAUUUGGAUUUUUGAUCUCUGAUUUAUGUCGCCCACUUGUGUGCUCUUAUGUUCCAAGCACAGCACAACUGCAACUGCAACCGUGAACAUGGAAAGAAGGUGAUGAUUAAUCAGUUCCAAUUUCAACAAUUGGCUGUCAAUUGUUAGUUUGUCUUUUGAUAUAUAUCAUCAUCUAACUAUGAUUAUGUUUGCUUAAGUUAAGUGGUAAAUUAUUUCUAAGUUUUCUGAAUUGUUAUAAUUUUAACAUAUGGUAUAUAUCUUCCAAAAAUCAA